CUUUCCAACUCCUUGCCUUUUAAGUGGCACCUAACGCCGAAUGUUUUCUAGGCCUGGAACCACCGCCACCGCCAUCGCAAUCGCCGCCGCUCCGCUGCCUCUGCCCCCGCCUCCGCCUCCGCUUCCUCGCCUCUCUGCUGUGACGCAUUCCGUCUAUUUCGCUCUCUAGGACUCUGGAAGAAGAUCGAACUAACCGGCAGCGAUGUCUGAGUAGAUCUUUCGUAUCUGUGAGGAGAGAGUCUCGGGCCUUCUCAGUCUAAACUGGAACUUCUGCUUCUGUUUAUCGCCGUGCCUAGAAGCUGCAUUGAUCGUGUCUAAAAUGGACAGGCGGAGUUGGCCCUGGAAGAAGAAAUCCUCUGACAAGGGUGGAGCUGAGAAAGCAGUUGCUGCUGCAGACUCUACUGGUACAGGAACUGGCUCUCAGGGCGAUCAGGAUGGUUACAAGAAACCAAACUAUGUUCAAAUCUCGGUGGAGUCUUAUUCACAUCUAAGUGGGUUGGAGGAACAAGUGAAAACGUAUGAGGAUCAAAUAAAGAAUUUCGAGGAUCAAGUCAAGGAACUGAACGAGAAGCUAUCUUCAGCCCAUACAGAGAUGACUAACAGGGACAGCUUAGUGAAACAGCAUGCUAAAGUUGCUGAAGAAGCUGUCUCAGGUUGGGAAAAAGCUGAUGCUGAAGCUUUAGCACUGAAAAAUCACCUGGAGUCUGUCACUCUUUUAAAGCUAACUGCUGAAGAUCGAGCUUCUCAUUUAGAUGGUGCUCUAAAGGAGUGUAUGAGGCAGAUCCGUAACUUGAAGGAAGAGCAUGAACAUAAAUUGCAUGAAGUUGUUGCUACUAAAACAAAGCAAUGGGAUAAAAUAAAGCUUGAACUUGAAGGGAAAAUAACUGAUUUGGACCAAGAACUCCUUAGGUCGGCAGCAGAAAAUGCUGCACUUUCAAGGUCAUUGCAAGAGCGUUCUAACAUGCUAAUUAAGUUAAGUGAAGACAAAUCACAAGCCGAGGCAGAGAUUGAAAUACUGAAGAGCAAUAUUGAAUCAUGUGAAAGAGAAAUAAAUUCACUCAAGUACGAACUCCACAUAGCUACAAAAGAGCUAGAAAUCCGCAACGAGGAAAAGAAUAUGAGUGUAAGAUCGGCAGAGGUAGCGAACAAGCAACAUUUGGAAGGAGUAAAGAAAAUAGCUAAGCUGGAAGCGGAGUGCCAAAGAUUGCGUGGCCUUGUUCGAAAGAAGUUGCCUGGUCCUGCAGCACUUGCCCAGAUGAAGUUAGAAGUUGAGAACUUAGGCCGGGAUUAUGGGGAAACUCGGGUAAGAAGGUCUCCUGUUAAACCCUCAAGUCCCCACCCAUCCCAGUUGACUGAAUUUUCCCUUGACAGUGUACAGAAGUUUAGUAAAGAAAAUGAGUUGCUCACUGAACGUUUAUUGGCUAUGGAAGAAGAAACAAAGAUGCUGAAAGAAGCUUUGGCAAAGCGUAAUAGUGAAUUACAAGCUUCAAGGAGUAUUUGUGCUAAGACAGUUAGCAAGCUUCAAAGCUUAGAAUCACAGCUUCAAUCUAAUAAUCAACAGAGCAGUCCACCUAGUUUUACAUCAAUGUCUGAAGAUGGAAAUGACGAUGACAGAAGUUGUGCUGGUUCUUGGGCCACAGCAUUAAUAUCUGAGCUCUCUCAUUUCAAGAAGGAAAAGAAUGUCGAGAAACGAAACAAGGCCGAAAAUCCAAAUCACCUGGAGCUUAUGGAUGACUUCUUGGAGAUGGAAAAAUUGGCAUGUUUGUCAAAUGAUAUAAAUGGAGCCAUCUCCAGUUCAGAUGUCUCAAAUAGUGCUAGAUCUGAAAUUGUGAACCAAGAUGCUUCAGAAGAAGUAAGAACUGAUCCACAUUUCAAUUCUAAAGGACUGCCUGAAUCAGGUUCAUUGGCAAAUCAAGUUUCUUCCAAUAUGGAGUUAUCAGCUCGAGAUCUGCACUCGGAUGUUGAUUCACUGAACUUAACAAAACUCCAAUCAAGAUUCUCGAUGUUGUUUGAGUCUAUGCCUAAGGACUCUGAUAUGGAGAAGAUUUUGGAUGACAUCAAACGUGUUGUGCAGGAAACAUGUGACAGUCUGCAUCAAAACUCUACAGUGUGUGCUUUAGAGGAAAGUUGUUCUGAUGUCACAUGUGAUAAACAUACUUGUCCUAAGGGGGCUGAAGUAACUGCAGAGAAGGAAAUUUCGUUGUCCAGAGAUACUAAGCGAGAUAAAGAAGCAGUGGAUCCAGUUAGUGAAGAAUUAGCAGCUGCCAUAUCACAGAUUCAUGACUUUGUUUUGGUUCUAGAGAAAGAAGCUAUGUCUAUCCAAGGAUCAUCUCCCGAUGGGGAUGGAUUGAGCCAAAAAAUUCGGGAGUUCUCUGCUACCUUUGACAAAGUUAUUCAGAACAAAAUAUGUUUGAUUGAUUAUGUUCUUGAUCUUUCCCAUGUCUUAAAUAAAGCAAGUGAACUUAACUUUAAUGUCCUGGGUUUCAAGCAUAAUGAAGCAGAAGCCAAUGGUUCUGAUUGUAUCGACAAGGUAGCCUUACCUGAGAAUAAGGUGGUUCAGGAGACAUCAGGAGAGAGGUAUCCAAAUGGUUGUGCUCACUUUUCUGAUCCAGCUUCUGAUCCUGACAUUCCCCUUGAAGGAAGUUUUAUUCCAACCUUUGAACCAAAUGCCACAUCGUGGAAAUGCUCAGUUGAGGAGUUUGAACAGUUGAAACUAGAAAAAGAUAGCCUACUCUUGGAUCUGGCUAGAUGUACGGAAAAUCUGGAAAGCACUAAAAUUCAGCUACAAGAAACCGAGCAGCUUUUGGCAGAAGUUAAAUCUCAGCUGGCAUCUGCCCAAAAGUUGAAUGGCUUGGCUGAGACACAACUUAAGUGUAUGGCUGAGUCAUACAAGACUCUUGAAACACGUGCAGAUGAGUUACAAACUGAAGUGAAUCUUUUAAGAGCCAAAACAGAAAGUCUAGAUAAUGAGCUGAAGGAGGAAAAGAGGAAUCAUCAGGAUGCUUUGUCUAAGUGCAAAGAUCUUCAAGAACAAUUGCGAAGGAAUGAGAGCCCUGCAGCAGCUGAUACUGACGCCAAGACUAAUCAGGAGAAAGAGUUAGCUGCUGCAGCAGAGAAGUUGGCGGAAUGUCAAGAAACCAUAUUUCUUCUCGGUAAACAGCUGAAAGCUUUGCAUCCCCAGACAGAGCUCAUGGCUUCUCCAUACAAUGAGAGGAGUACCCAAAAGGGCGAGGGGUUUGCCGAAGAAGAACCGACUACCAGUGGCAUGAACUUGCAAGAAUUUGACCAUACUGAAAUGGAGAGUGCCGCCUCUACCAAUUUGAACAGGCUAGGUAGCGAGUCCCCUGAUCUGUUCAACCCCCAAUAUAGCCCGUCUGACACUGAAGGAAACACUUUCACGAGAUCACCCAUCCAUUCAAAGCAUUCAAAACAUCGGCCUACCAAGUCAGGAUCAUCGUCUUCGUCUUCUGCACCUACUCCCGAGAAACAUUCGCGUGGAUUCAGUAGAUUCUUUUCCUCAAAAGCUAAAAACGGCUAUUAGCUCGCAGCUCACAGGCUCGACGGCAUCUCUCUAUAUUAUUAAGGUACGGCUAUGGCUAUCAGGCUUACAGCUCGCAAGCCCU